GUAGUUCCUAAGAAGGUCAAGGAACUCAGAGCAAAAAGUAAGCAACUAUUAAUUAUACAACAUACACUGCAUCAUGCUUAGCUAAUGGACUUUUGUUCAAUUUGGAGGAUUUAGAUAAACUGGUGUAUAUGGUCAGUACUUUAUUGAUUUAAGGAAGUCUUGAUCUCAGCAGAAUUAAGUACUAUUGGAAAAUAUCAGUGGUUUCAGUAACUGUUUUCUUUCUCUCUCUGUCUCUCUCUUUUUUUUUUAAUUAAAAGAAAGUACCAUUUUCUUUAACCGCUGUCAACAAUAACUUCUCACUGAGGGUAAAAUGCUGGGUUAUGUAAGCAAUUUUCGAAAAUCAUAUACAGAUCCGAAAAUUCUUUUCUGAUUCUACAGGGAGUCCAUGUGGGGCAGAUUGCGCUCCUUCCUGUGCUCCUCAAUGUCAGCCAUCAUGUUGCGCUCCACCUCCUCCUCCUCCCCCAAUGCCAAUGCCUGGACCCCCAGGACAACCAGGCUGCAUGGGACCCCCCGGAACACCAGGUUGUCGUGGAACACCAGGCUUUAUGGGACCAAUGGGUCCUAUGGGUCCAAUGGGACCUCCAGGAGCACCCGGAAUGCCCGGCCUGGCUUCUCCUCCUCAGCAGUGUCCACCAAUCUGCUUGCGCUGGACAACCACCAUUUCUCCAGGAGGAGGGAUGCCUCAGGUGUCACCAGUUCAAGCUACUCCAUGCCCCGCUCAAUGCCAGCAGGCUGGCUGUUGUUCCCCUCCUCCCCCACCGCCAGUAAUAAUGCCUCCUCCCCCUCCAGUGGUGGCACCCGCUCCUCCUCCUGUCCAGCCACCACCUCCAUGCCCAGCAAACUGCCCCAAAGCUUGUUAUCCAGCGUGUACUCCAAAAUGCUGUAACCCACAGCCACUCCCACCUCUGCCGCCACCCAUGCCUCCGAUGCAGCCCCCGAUGCAGCCUCCGAUGCAGCCUCCAAUGAUGCCUCAAUGCCAACCUUCAUGUGCGCCUACGUGCUGUCAGGGACCACCUCCACCAAUGAUGAUGCCACCACAGCCUCCAAUGUUCAUGCCUCCUCCUCCUCAGCCUAUCAUGCCUGCAAUGCCACCUCAAUGCCCACCUCCAUGCGCCCGAUCAUGCGCACCAUCUUGCAAGCCUGAAUGCUGUGACAAGAAGAAGCGUAAUGCAGAAAACUAG